AUGGAACAUGAUGAUGGAAAUGCAAAGAAAAAACUGUUAUCUAAUUCUAAACGACCCGACGAAGGUAGUAAUUCAAAUCAGCGAAGUCAAACAAAUCAAUCCAAAUCCCCCGGUUUUCCAACUGCAACAAACCGAAGCGGAAAUUCAGAUCAGCAUAUUCAAACAAAUAUAUCCACAUCCACUGCUUUUCCAACUGCAACAAGCGGAAAUUCAGAUCAGCCUGUUAAAACAAAUAGUUCCACGUCCAACUGUAUUCCAACUACAACAAACCAAAGUGCGGAUUCGGAUCAACAUAGUCAAAAAAAUUCAUCUACACCCAACGGUUUCAGUGUUUCUUUCCUGGAGGAAACGCUGAAUCAACUUGUAGCCGACAGAAAAAGCGGUCCGGUGAAAUCCUGCCGCGAAUUGAAGAUGUUGGGUUUCAACGCUGACGGUGUUUAUUACAUACAAACUAUGAAAGAUUAUCCUAAAACUGAGGUUUACUGUGACAUGACGUCUGAUGGCGGUGGGUGGACUUUAGUAGCAAGCGCGCAUGAGUCAAAUAUAUCCGUGAAAUGUGGAUUAGAUGAUCUGUGGUCAAGAUACGAUCUGAUAAAUGAAGUGGCAUAUCCAGACAACACCAACUGGGAAUCUGAUUACACCUUUGGAAAUCUUUUCAAAUGUACAUCAAAUGACUAUAAAAAUGAUGCAUAUCACAAUAUGCAGGCUGAGAACAUCAUGAUUUGGCACGUUCCUUCUGAAUUAUCGUUGACUGCAAUGAAGCAAGAAGCCUACCUUCGUUAUAGAACAACUAAUGGGUUUAUGAAAAAUUACGGUGGAAAUUUGAAGAAUCUAUAUGAAAAGCAUUUCCCGUUGAAGUUAAAAUUAGAAAGUCCAGCUGAAGAUGUUCUCGACGCUUUGGCGAAAAAUGCUGUAAAUAUUAGUAGGCAAAUACCAGAUUGGUACAACUACACAUAUGGAGACAAUCCUACUCAAAUAAAAGAUAAAAAAUGUACUGGCUAUAUGGAAAUCAGUUACGAGGACUUAUUCUGCGCCUCUAGAAUGAUAAAGCCUUUCUUGUUUUUAAACGUUAUUUCGAACGAAAGGCGGAGGUAUGGAACCAUUUCCACUCAGGUGCAAUCUUAUCGUCCGAAUAGUAAUGAAGCAUUCACUUCUCUCAGCAAUAACAUUACAAAGGGAGAUACAAACUUCAAUAUCAUUCUUUCCAAUUUUCUUCGCCCGAAUUGGGGAUCGGUCGAGCCAUCAAAACUUGAACAAACAUAUCAUCGUUAUUCAUCAACGUAUAGGAAUAACAGAUUUCAGAUAGACGGAUACCCUUCAAAUAUUGUUAUGGGAUACAUUCUUUUAGCAAGAGAGAACGGGAAAAAUAUAUUGUCAGAGCAUACGGAUCAAGUUGCUAAUAUUAUCCUGGAAUCAAUAAUGACAGUACCGGAAUUAUUUAACGGCGACAGAGCAACAAAACUUAUUAAUGUUCUAUACGCAAGAGCUUUAAACAUUAGAUCGGUAAUCCCAAAUUGGUAUAGCUAUUCUUUGAGAUCAAAUACUUGGGGUAUAUACGAUGAUAAACUGUACAAUACGUACGGAAAUCAGGUAUCUAUCGGAAGUUCACUUCGAAGUUAUAGUGGGAAUUAUGGGAAAACUGUACGAAUGGAUGGAGACAGAUCCUUAAUGAAAUCUAAAACUUCUCAACCGUUCAUCAUGAUCAAUGUUAUCUUAAACGAAGACAGAGUGAUCAAAUAUUACUACACGCAAAUCAUUUCACAACGAAACAACAACGAAGAUCUAAUCAGCCAAUUGCAGAAUAACAUUACAAAAGGAAAUUACAAACUGCAGUAUAACCUUAUCCAAUUCUCUUACGAAAACCAAACAACUCCGGUUGAAUUUCAUUUCACCGUGUCUAACGUUGCCAAGUGGCAUUCUGUCGAACCAUCCUUGUUGAAACGCACGUACUCUUACAAUAGUGGUAUAUACAGACGCAACAGGUUUCAAAUCGACGGCAGCCCCUCCAACAUAAUUAUGGGGUACCUGCUUCUUACUAGGCAAAAUGGAAGCAAUGUAACAACAACUCAAUCUGACGCUGUUGCAAGCAUUAUAUUGGACGCAAUUAUGUCCGUGGAUGAUCUGUUCAACGAAUAUCGUGAAAAUUCCCUUCUGGUGCCAAUCACUAUUGACAAAGGGAGCAAUAACCAAAUCAUGGAAAUGAUACCACCAAUUUACAGAGCUCAUGUCGAACCGGGAUUUCUACAGUUUCGGGCUUAUAAUUUGACAGGAUAUCCGAAUGCUUUAUGUCCAGGUGUAAAAGUUAAAUCAAUCUCACCUGAAUAUUCAUGCAUCGGAGGUCUAUCAAACGACGCAACAAAAUUUGGAACAUGA